CUGACUGGAGCGUCUGGGACCGUUAGCUCUCGCCAGGCUGGCAGGCUGCGGGCCCGCCAUGGAGACGAUGCGAGCGCAGCGACUGCAGCCCGGAGUGGGCGCCGGCGGCAGGGGCACGCUCCGUGGUGCGGCUCUGCGGCCCGGGGUGACCGGGGCCGCGGCGGGGAGCGCCGCCACACCCCCGGCGGGCCCUCCGCCCGCGCCGCCGCCCCCCGCGCCGCCGCCGCCCGCGCCGCCGCUGCUCCUAUCGGCGGCGGCGGCGGCGGCGGCGGCGCCCGCGCUCGCCCUGGCCCCGGGCGCCGCGGGCAGCCCCGCCGUGCUGCGCGAGGCCGUGGAGGCCGUGGUCCGGAGCUUCGCCAAGCACACGCAGGGCUACGGCCGCGUGAAUGUGGUGGAGGCGCUUCAGGAGUUCUGGCAGAUGAAGCAGUCCCGUGGAGCCGACUUAAAGAACGGGGCUCUGGUGGUUUACGAGAUGGUGCCCUCCAACAGCCCUCCCUACGUCUGCUAUGUCACCCUGCCGGGGGGAAGUUGCUUUGGGAGUUUCCAGUUUUGCCCCACAAAAGCUGAGGCCCGGAGAAGUGCUGCAAAGAUUGCAUUAAUGAACUCUGUGUUUAAUGAACAUCCUUCCCGAAGAAUUACUGAUGAGUUCAUUGAGAAGAGUGUCUCUGAGGCUCUGGCAUCUUUCAACGGCAACAGGGAGGAAGCUGACAACCCAAAUACAGGGAUCGGUGCCUUCCGAUUCAUGUUGGAAUCCAACAAGGGCAAGUCAAUGUUGGAGUUCCAGGAGCUAAUGACAGUUUUCCAACUGCUUCACUGGAAUGGCAGCCUUAAGGCCAUGAGGGAAAGACAGUGUUCUCGGCAGGAGGUACUGGCUCAUUAUUCACACCGGGCCCUGGAUGAUGAUAUUCGCCACCAAAUGGCCUUGGACUGGGUGAGCCGGGAGCAGAGUGUGCCAGGGGCACUGUCUAGAGAGCUGGCCUCUACUGAGCGGGAGCUGGAUGAAGCCCGGCUGGCAGGCAAGGAGCUGCGCUUCCACAAGGAGAAGAAGGAUAUCCUCAUGCUGGCUGCCGGGCAGCUGGGCAGUAUGCACUCUUCCAACUGCUAGGCUUCCGCCCAGCCCUUUAGACCCAUUUUUGUAUGUCUCCUUUCUAAGACUUAGAAUGAUUUCUGUACAUACUUUCUCAAUUUUAUACUUUAAAAUAUAGAUAUAUAUGUAUAAAUUCUACACCUGAAUUCCUAUUUGCUAAGAGACUCCUUUUCUAACUUCAGUUUUUGGAUGUAGAUUCAUGUGGCCUAUUCCCAUCCACUUUGGAGCUCUGUGGUUAAACGUCCAGAUUAACUGUGAAAAUUGUUUUAAGUGUAUGGUAUGAUUGA